AUGGAUGGAAAAAAAAAUAGUUUGUUCAAGUAUUUUAAACAGGUUGAUACAAAUAAAGUGCAUCAAACCAGUCAUGAACUUCAGAGUUCCACAACUGAUGUUUCAACUGAUUCAAGUUUAAUUAAAUCAGUACCUUUGAUCAUCUCUUCAACAAGUAACAGUGUGUCAGUGCAGCAAACUGGUCAUGAACUUCAGAGUUCCACAACUGAUGUUUCAAUUGGUUCAAGUUUAAUUAAAUCAGUACCUUUGAUCAUCUCUUCAACAAUAUUUUGGGCUGUUUAUGUUAGUUAUUUAGAGAAAUCAAAUGCCUACGGCAAUCCUGAUGAUCCAGUGAAUAAUGUUCCAAUUUCUCAAGUAGAGCGAAAAAUUAGAAUUAUCCGUGGUCCUUGUCAACCAAAACUUAAUAUGUACCCUCGUACAAAGUUUGGAGAAAAGCAACGUAGCUUCAAUAGUUCCUGGUAUGAUCAGUUUAAAUGGCUUGAGUACAGUUUAACAGCAGAUAGAGCUUUUUGUUUUCCAUGUCGGUUAUUUAAUAAUUCAUCCGGUAUUAAUGUUGGUCAUGCAGAAGUAAAUUAUUCCAAAGUUGGGUUCAAUAAUUGGAAAAAUGCCACAAGCAAAUUUAGAGAGCAUCAAUUAACCAAGACUCACUUGAAUAGUACUAACUCAUUAACAGAUUUUUUACAAUCUAAGCCUAUCGACAUAAUUUUAGAUGAAAAUAAUGAACAAAUUCGAUCACAAAAAGAAAUACAAAGAUUGAAAAAUAGACAAAUAAUGAAUCGUCUAAUAGACAUAACUCUUUGCUUGGGAAUCGGAGGACGUCCAUUUCGUGGAAAAAAUGAAAAGGAUAGUAGUUUUAACAAGGGUUUAUUUAAAGAUAUUGUAACACUUUUAUCAAAGUAUGAUCCAGUACUAAAAUCUCAUCUAGAUUCAGGACCAAAAAAUUCUUCUUAUUGUAGCAAUCUAAUUCAAAAUGACUUAAUAUUAUCAAAAUAUCCAGUAGAACAAUUCAUUUGUAUGAAAAGAAUUAUGUCGAUUGACUCUGAAACUAUUUUCAACACACUACAGGAUGUUAUCAGUGAGUAUGAUAUAAAAUGGGAAUCAGUUGUUUCUAUGUACUUUGAUGGGGCAGCAACAAUGUCUGGCAGUUUAUCGGGGGUUCAAGCGAGAAUUAAAGAGAAAAAUGAAAAAUCGUUAUUUGUUCAUUGCUAUGGACAUUGUUUAAAUUUAAUUUUAGUAGAUUCAGUUGGAAGAGAAAAUAAGGUAACAUUCAAUUUUUUUGGAAAUAUUCAAGUCAUAUACUCAUUUGUCGAAGGGAGUUGUACUAGACAUGCUAUUUUGGAAAAAAUAGCAAGUAAUAUCAAUAUAAAACUGAAAACAUUAAAGUCAGUAUCUACGACUAGAUGGGCUUGCCGCGCCGAAGCUGUGAGUGCUGUUAAAAAAAAUUACGCAGCAUUAUUAAUUGCAAUAGCUGAAAUUUGUGACAAUACUAGACAAGCCGACAUAAGAGUCAAGGGGUUAGGAAUCUUACAUCAAAUGAAAACAUUUGAAUUUAUAUUUUCUAUGCAGAUGUUAGAUCCUAUUUUAAAUUUAGUGUUAAAGGUAAGCACAUACUUGCAAUCUCCAGAUUUAAAUUUGUUGACAGCUGUUAACUUGGUUACCUCCCUCAAACAUUCACUAUUAUCGUUAAGAAAUACUGAAAGCGAGUUUCAAAAUAUUUUUAAAGAGAGCGUUAACAUGUGUGAAAUUAAUGAUAUUCAAAUACCGGAUGUCAAAAAGAGAAAAGUAUCUUCUAAAAUUGACAAUUCUCGCGACACUCAACAUUUUAUGAACAGUAAAGAGCAAGAAAUGAAGAUAUGUGUAUAUUUACCUUUGCUAGAUAAGAUGAUUAAUGGUAUAGAGGUCAGAUUUAGUCAAGAAACAUUAACUUUAAUAAAUAGUAUUGGCCACUUAGUAGAACUAGAAACUAACCACGAUGAUAUGACAAUUUUGUGCAAAACCUUUGAUUUGAAGCAAAAUGAGAUGGAAGCUGAAAUUCGUUUAAUUAAACAAAGUGAUCCAAAUCCAAAAGGAAAAAACUGUGGCGAGUGGAUUAAGUGGCUUGCAGUUUAUGGUAGAGAGGAUUUAUUUUCAAAUGUAUUCAAAGCCUUUAAAAUAUUCGUAACUAUACCAGUUACAAGUUGUUCGUGUGAACGAACAUUUUCCAAACUAAGUUUUAUAAAAACUAAACUGAGGAGCACCAUGAAUCAAGAUCGCCUGGAUGGUUUAUUAACCAUCAGUAUCGAGCAAGAAUUGGCAAGAAGUAUUAACUUUGAUGAUGUCAUUGAGACUUUUAAAGUAUUAAAACCAUAUGAUAGACGAAUGGAUUUAUAA